AGGAUACGCAGCAGCUCAAACAAAUCUGACUAAGAUUUAGUCCGCCAUGUCAAGUCUGUGCCAACUUACCUCAGCAGCUUCCUGGAGGUCACACUUACACUUGGGAUGUUUCCUCAUUCUUAUCCUGAUCAUUGGAGGAGCUUCAUCUCUUUAUGGGCCUGCUUUGACGACGGGCCUGGGCUCCGCCUUCUCGGCCGCUCAGACCAGCAGCGUUGUGGGAGGCAAGCAGAAAGCAGUGACUUUCAACAAGCUUAUGGUCAACACAGGAAGGGACUUUAAUCCAGAUACCGGCCACUUCCGCUGUCGCAUCCCUGGGGCUUAUUAUUUUUCUUUUUCUGUGGGGAAGUUCCCUGGAAAACUGCUCUCUGUCAUCCUGGUGAAGAAUGGGGAGGAGGUGCAAGCCAUGGCCUAUGAUGACUACCGCAGGAUAGGCAGGAAAGUCCAAAGCCAGAGUGUGAUGAUCAGUUUGAAGCAAAUGGACACUGUGUGGUUGCUUCUACAGCAGAGUCCCCAGUAUGCGGUGUACAGCACUGCUGGUCCUUACAUCACCUUCUCUGGUUAUCUGGUUUACCCAAAGCUUCAGCUGAUCAGUUAUAUCAGCAACCACCUUUCCUCUCCAGCUCUGUCUCACCUCAACUGCCCACCUCAGGCUGACCCCCGGAGCAGAGAUCCGGCUGUUGAGCAACAACGCUCAGCCUUCUCAGUGGCUCGCACAUCAACGUUUGUGGGUCAGAGUGGCGGGCACCAAAACAAACUUCCCCUCACUUUUGAUGUGGAAUUUGUCAACAUAGGGGGCCACUUCAACAAAACUUCAGGUCUUUUCACCUGUUACUUCCCUGGAGUGUAUUUUUUUGCUUUCACAGUGGGGAAACACCCUCGUAAGGCUGUCUCUGUAAAGCUGAUGACCGGGAGCGGGCAGGUCCAGGCGAUGGUGUUUGACGAAGACACGUCAAAGAGAAGAGAGAUGCAGAGCCAGAGCUUAAUGCUGCAACUUGACAGGGGGGAAACAGUAUGGCUGUACAGUCAGCAGGACAAACGCUACGCUGUUUACAGCAACCAGGGAAGGUACACCACAUUCUCUGGCUUCCUGGUCUACCCCACUGCAGAAAUAACCCCAAACAACCUGGACAGAUCCCACCUAUAAUAAGCUGUCAAUAAUGCUGUCUGUAGUUACUAACUAGUUCUGUAGGUUAAAUAUGUAAGUUAAAUGGAAACACUAACUAUAUUGCCAAAAGCUUUAUCUCUGCUUCAUUGACUCACAUUUGAGCUUAUUUGACAUCAAAUUCUUAAUCCAAAGAGUUCAAUACAAUAUUGGUUCACCCUUAGCAGCUAUGGUUAGUUUAAACUCUUCUGGAAAAGUUGUGCAUAAGGCUUAAGGAGUGUUAUAAUGUCAUUUCUAUGGCAAUUCUUCCAGAAGCACAAAGGCCUGGCUCUGUCUCCACUCUAAAUCACCCCAAAGCUGUUCUCUUUGGUUGAGGCCAGGACUCUGAGCAGGCCAUUUACCGUAAUCUCAUCCGUACCACACUCUCCUAUGCAUUUCUUUAUGUACCUUGCCUAGUGUACUGCGGCACAAUAAAGAGGAAUGGUCCAUCUUUAAAUUGUUCUACCAAAGUCCAAAGCCUGGAGGAUGGAAUUGAUUUAUAUCACUAGAGCUUAGGGGCUAAAUCUAGCUCCUGAAAAACAACCUUACAAAAAUAUCCCCAGAAACUCAUACUUUAAUUUGCCAGAAAGAGAUGCGCUUCUUAUCAUUUCAGAUUAAGAGCCUCCAUCAAUCAAUAAAUCAAGCAAAGGUUUGCUUUGCAUCUGACGCUUUAUAUUGCAGAAUACCCAUACCUCAAAGCUCUCCUCACUGUUCCUGAGCUAAUCUGACGGCCACAUUGAGGCUGGAGGACCUCUGUGCACCAUGCACACCAGCAUUCCUUUUUUUCCUGCCAGUUGAUGUGGCCUAUGACUUGGUGGAUGAGUUACUGUCAUUCCCAAUUGCUUCCAUUUUGUUGCAUCACUGAGAGCUGAUGUUGGAAUAUUAAAAAGCGAAUUACAUUCGACACUGAAAUUCAAUCACUUAGAGCGACUAUUCUGACAUAAAUGUUUGUAGAUGCUGCACACCAAGGACCAUGAAGUGGUUGCUACACCUGAUUUAAAUUAUUUGUAUGAGUGAACAAAUACUCUUUGAAAUGUAGUGUCUAAGAUGAGUUUGUGGAGUUUUUUUGUGGUUUAUUCCACCAGAUGGUGCUAGAAGACAGGAUUACCCCGGCAGCUUCUGCCAGUUAAA